AUGGAAGGUGAAAUCAACAACUUGAUUAUGGUAUGGACAACUGUGUUGUGUUUCCUAUAUUACUGUCACACCAUAAAUGGGAUCUUUCCCAAACCUAGUUUCCCAAGAUUUUUCGCUAUUUUCCCUGUUGCCUGUCUUUUUCUUGUUCUGCCACUCAAUCUCACCUCCAUUCAUCUUGCUGGCACUUCUGCUUUCUUCAUUGGCUGGCUGGCAAGCUUUAAGGUUACCCUUUUUGCCCUUGCUAGAGGCCCUCUGUUCGCCAACCCUCCCCUUCCGCUCUCCACUUUUAUCCCCUUGGCCUGUUUGCCGAUUAAGGUUCAACGGGGCCGGAAAGUGGCCGGAAAUUUGAAGGUUUCCGGCAGCCUGAGGAAGCUGGGUUUGCUGGGCUUGGUGAUGUUUGUGUAUAAUUAUAAAGAUUUUUUUCAUCCUAAACUGUUAUUGUUGGUCUAUAUUAUCCAAAUGUAUGUUGGGCUUGAGUUUAUGUUGGUUAUGGUUAGCGGUCUGGUCCGGGCGGUUUUCCGGGUCGAGCUUGAACCGCCGUUCGACGAGCCGCAUUUGUCCACUUCGUUGCAGGAUUUCUGGGGGAGGAGAUGGAACGUGGCGGUCACAAACAUCCUGCGACCGACCGUGUACGAACCGGUCCGGUCCGUUUCGACCCGGUUUUUGCCGAAGCGGUUGGCCCAGCUCCCGGCCGUGAUCGCGUCGUUCGCCGUUUCCGGGAUCAUGCACGAGCUCGUGUUCUUUAAUAUCGGGAGGGAGACGCCGACCGGAGAAGUGCUGUCGUUCUUCCUCCUCAGCGGCGCGUGUGUGGCACUGGAGAUCGGCGUCAAGAGAGCCGUGGACCGGAAGUUUAGGCUGCCCGGUUUCGUCUCCGGUCCGCUGGCGCUGACGUUCGUGAUUCUGACCAGUUUUUGGCUCUUCUUUCCGGCGUUUUUUAGGAACAAGGCGGAUGGCAAAGCAUGCGCGGAAACCUUAGCUUUCAUUGAGUUUGUCAUCAAUCAUAAGCUUGUUAGUCCAGAAAAUAUGACUUGCCCUUCUUCCUUCUUUUUUAGGUAUAAAUAA